CACUUCAACCAUUAGGAACCCAAAGCUUAAGGCCAAGACCCGGCCCAAACCCAAGUCUCCGCCCGUCCGUGUGGACAUUAUAGUCCUUGACUCGGGUGGCCGGCGCCUAAGCGAGGAGCAUCGCAUCUCGAAACCCGAUGUGCAAGCAAACACUCUGGCGCCCUCACCGCAGCCAAAGAAAACACGGACAAUGGCUAUGAAGACGAGGUCGGGUCAAGUCUCGAAGCGCCCGGUUCUACCCAAGCCGAAAGUAAGAGGCACAGGCACACAGUCACAGCCGAUUGUUUUGUCCAGUGGAUCCGAGCUUGCCGUUAAACCAAAGAUACGUGCCACGGGUACUGAAGUACGGCCCAUCGUCCUAUCAAGCGGAUCCGAGCUAGACUUCAGUCCGGUUGUGAUCAAGGCGAAAGUGCGACGUGCAGGUUCGGAAGCUCAGCCUAUCGUUUUGUCAAGCGGGUCAGAAGUCGAAGACCAUGGUGACGACGAGGCAAUCCGAAGGCAGAAAACCCAACCCCGCGUCGAGAUAACGCGCCCUAGACCACACAGAAAAGUUGUUUUAUCGCCCUCAGAGGAUGAGGAAAUGAACUCGGAUUACGAAGAUACCCCUCUUGCAAAGCGAGCACCUUCACGAAUCAAGAAGCCUGCUUUCGAGGUGUUGAUACCCAAGGCAUCUUUCCAUAUACCCAAGAAGACAUCGACUGCCUCAGUUGAGAGUGAUACCCGGCCUCAACCACUACUCCAGGAAACGCCCCAUAAGCCAUUGACCCAACCACUACAUAGGAUAUCCCGUACGACUACCUUCGUUCCGCGAUCCCCUACCUCUCCUCCAAGAGAACGCCCGCUUACGCCAAUCAAGCAGGCAUUCCCGAUACUAGCUAACCAGCCGACGCCGUCCUCUCCCUCCCUCUCCGAGCUUGAAAGCGAACUUGCCAAAUUCGUGCUGGACGAGGUCGCAGAUGACCAAACUUCCAUCGAGGACCAGCCCGCACACCUCCGCCCGCUACUCGCCGAAUGCGGUCAGACCACACCGCACGAGUUCUCGGCAUUCGUCGAAACCUUCCCCUUCGACCCCAUUAUCGCGUCCUCGGCGGAUGACAGCGACAGCGUACCGCUAGAUGCCCGAGAGGGCUUCCGCAAGAUCGGCGAGGCUUCCUACUCGGAGGUGUUCGGCAUCGGGGGUGUCGUGCUGAAGGUGAUCCCUUUGUGCUCUCCAUCUCCGCCCGUGCGGGUCGUGGAGGAGGAUCUACCCCCGCCGUCGGACGCGGAAGACGUCCUGAGGGAGAUGAUUGUGACGCGCAUGAUGGGCGAUGCGUGCUCUGGGUUCGUCAGGCUUCUGAGAACGUACAUUGUGAGAGGGCGGUAUCCCUCUGUGCUAUUGAGCCUGUGGGACGAGUACGAUAAGCGGAAGGGAUCAGAAAGCAUCAGGCCAGAUGCUUUCCCCGUCUCACAGACCUAUGCAAUCAUCGUUUUGCCCAAUGGUGGACCGGACCUUGAAGCAUUCGCCUUCCGAGGCGUAGGCAAACCAAUGAGGGGCCCUGGGAUGGGUGUCACUGGUUGGCACCAGGCCUGUGGUGUCUUCUGGCAGGUUGCAGCCACGCUCGGAAAGGCGGAGGAGCUCGUAGAGUUUGAGCACCGCGACUUGCAUUGGGGCCAGAUCCUUGUGCGCGAUGUUGCUCGUUCACAGGUGUUUCGCGAGAUCCCAGAGGAAGGUCGAGCGCCUAUGGAUUCUGAGAUGUACGGCGUCCAGGUGACGCUCAUUGACCUCGGUCUCUCGCGGGUGAACGCUGGUCGAGGCGAUAUCUAUUUCACGACGCCAGAGGACGAGGUGUUCGAAGGCGAGGGUGAUUACCAAUACGACGUGUACCGACUUAUGCAGAGAGUGCACAAGAGGCGCUGGGACGGCUUCAACCCUAUGACAAACGUCAUGUGGCUACACUACCUGGUGACAAAACUUCUACGGUCUAAAGAUCUGAAGGGGCCCCGUGGUCCACGCAAGGCAGAUGCGGGCGACACUGGUA